ACGUAAGACUGAACGUGACUUUCCUAUUUGCUGAUAUUUUCUCUGUCCUCAUCAUGCCCAGUUGCCAAACAAAAAAGCCACGUUGACGAACUGGACUGAAGUCUACUGCUGCUGUUUUCCCCAGAAAAAUAGAUCUUAACGAGCGAUUUUCACUCUUCCCGAAAUUUAUAAAUUAGAUUACAGAUGUCUUCGCCUCCGAAGGAAAGAAUCGAGACCAAAGGAGGACAUCUCCCGGCUGUGAAGGCAGGGGGGAUGAGGAUCGUGCAAAAGCACCAGGGAGCAGCUCCACCUGAGCCGCCUCCUGUCAAGGACAAGGACGACGAAGAGUUUGUGGAGGAGCCUAGCCCACCAAAGCCCACUGUGGUCGUGUCAGGAGUGGUUACAAAGGGUGAUAAGGACUUCACCCCGGCGGCAGCCCAGGUAGCUCACCAGAAGCCCCAGCCGUCUGUCACCAAGAUGCCCCAGAACCAGCACCUCACCCAACAAAUCCACCAGCCCCGCAAGUGAGGCUACCGCCAAGCUUACCAUCCCUCCGCUAACUCUGCUACUGUUGGCCCCACAAGGCGCCAGCAAUCUUCCCAGACACAGCUCUACGGUCAGUUUUGUGUUUACCCCCCUCCAAUGGUUAAGUAAGGAUUUGAGGAGGCGAAACUGAUCCUAAAUCUGUGACUAAGGGCAAGCCAAUGCAACGCAUCAUCAAUGAACCACAUCAGCCAACCUAUCACAGCAGCCUACCGACCAACACAACAACCACAAACCAAUCAAAGAACUGGACAACCAAUCAAUUAAGCAUGCAACCAAUUACCAUAAGUGCUCAGGUUACCAGGGAAUCAAUCCCCUGUUAAGCAUUCCAUGUGAUCCCACUCUCCUCAUACUUGGGUUAUUAUACUGAACAGAAAUAUAAACGCAACAAUUUUGUCCUCGCACUGUUAAAUGCGUUUAUUUUCAGCAAACUUAACAUGUGUAAAUAUUUCUCUGGACAUAACAAGAUUCAACAACUGUGACAAACUGAACAAGUUCCACAGACGUGACUAACAGAAAUGGAAUAAUGUGUCCCUGAACAAGGGGAGGUCAAAAGUAACAGUCAGUAUCUGGUGUGGCCACCAGCUGCAUUAAGUACUGCAGUGCACUUCCUCCUCAUGGACUGCACCAGAUUUGCCAGUUCUUGCUGUGAGAUGUUACCCCACUCUUUCACGAAGGCAACUGCAAGUUUCCAGACAUUUCUGUGGGGGAAUGGCCCUAGCCCUCACCCUCCGAUCCAACAGGUCCCAGACGUGCUCAAUGGGAUUGAGAUCCAGGCUCUUCACUGGCCAUGGCUGUCUUGCAGGACAUCACGCACAGAACGAGCAGUAUGGCUGGUGGCAUUGUCAUACUGGAGGGUCAUGUCAAGUUGAGCCUGCAGGAAGGGUACCACAUGAGUUCAGUCCGAUGUUGCUGCGACACACUGCCCCAGACCAUGACAGACCCACUACCUCCAAAUCGAACCCUCUCCAGAGUACAGGCCUUGGUGUAACGCUCAUUCCUUCGACGAUAAACGCAAAUCCGACCAUCAUCUCUGGUGAGACAAAACCGCGACUCGUCAGUGAGCACUUUUUGUCAGUCCUGUCUGUUCCAGCGUUGGUGGGUUUGCUCAUAGGCAAUGUGGUUUCUGGUGAGGACCUGCCUUAAAACAGGCCUAUAAGACCUGUCCAGCCUCUCUCAGCCUAUUACGGACAGUCAGCACUGAUGGAGGGAUUGUGCGUUCCUGUUUUAACUCGGGCACUUGUUGCCAUCCUGUACCUGUCCCGCAGGUGUGAUGUUCGGAUGUACCGAUCCUGCGCAGGUGUUGUUACACGUGGUCUGACACUGCGAGGACGAUCAGCUGUCCGUCCUGUCUCCCUGUAGCGCUGUCUUAGGCAUCUCACAGUACGGACAUUGCAAUUUAUUGCUCUGGCCACAUCUACAGUCCUCAUGCCUCCUUGCAACAUUCACGCAGAUGAGCAGGGACCCUGGGCAUCCUUUUCUUUUGUGUGUUUUUCAGAGUCAGUAGAAAGGCCUCUUAGUGUCCUAAAUGUUUGUCUCUGACCUUAAUUGCCUAUGGUCUGUAAGCUGUUAGUGUCUUAGCGACCGUUCCACAGGUGCAUGUUCAUUAUUGUUAAUUGAAUGAACAUCCAAUUCUCUGGCAACAGCUCUGGUGGAUAUUCCUGCAGUCAGCAUGCCAAUGUCACGCUCCCUAAAAACCAGAGACAUCUGUGGCAUUGUGUUGUGUGACAACUGCACAUUUUAAAGUGGCCUUUUAGUGUCCCCAGCACAAGGUGCACCUGUGUAAUGAUCAGGCUGUUUAAUCAGCUUCUUGAUAUGCCACCCCUGUCUGGUGGCUGCAUUAUCUUGGUAAAGGAGAAAUGCUUACUAACAGGGGUGGAAACACAGUUUUGCACAAAAUAUGAGAGAAAUAAGCUUUUUGUGCAUAUGGAACAUUUCUGAGAUUUUAUUUUUUUAGCUAAUGAAUCAUAGGACAAACUUUACAUGUUGCAUUUGUAUUUUUGUUCAGUGUAGUUCUAAGGGAAAUGUCAUAGACCAUACACACAAUCCUCCUUCAUUUCAAGUGUGGUUAUUGUCAACACCGCAUUUCAGGGUUCGAGGGAAAUACAUUUAGGCAAGAAGGAGUAAUUUCCUAAGUUUAUUUAAUAAAGUUUAAAAUGAUAUAUUUUUUAUUUUACUCAGUUUGUUUCUUGAGUAAAGUCCUUAGUCAGUGAGUGGACUUAAGCAUUAGGUGUGGUUGUCAUGAAUAAAGAUUUAACUUUAAAAUCA